UACGGGGCCCCAAAGUGUGUAAGGAAAAAGAAUAAAAACUUUCUAAUUUAUUUUAUUUUACAAAUGACAAAAUUCUAUAAAGCAAUUCCUUUUUUUCCCGCCUUAAGCGUGCGUUCAAAAGUUGGCAACACUACAUCGUUAUGGCGGGCUGCGGGACUUCCCCGUUUUACUUACUUCAUCUUCAACUCAGCGGGGAAUCCCCGGGAAUCCUUCAUCGAUAUCGCGAUGUACGUGUACGUUGUUGUACUUUGCAUUGGAUGUUAAACCACGGAGUGCAGUGCACUGUUUAUUUACGCGCUUUAUAUAAAUGUGCAUUACAUUGUAAUUCAGUACAAACAAUAUUGUUCUUCUGGUUUAGCAGUAUUAGUACCGAUUUGUAAAAGAAAUGAGUGAAAGAAAAAGAGAUUAUCCCAGCGGCGCUGAGAAAAGAAAAAUUAAACAGAAAAGGGACGAGGUUAUAAAAAAAGUGCCCAAAAUUUCUUCAUUUUUUCAGAGACAAGAUACUGUGAGUGAUUUAGAUUGGAAAGAUUCUUCUGAAGCAUGUUCUUCGUCACAUAUCCAUCCGGAAAUAGAAGAAAGCCAAGCACAUACUUUAUCGGAUGUCCAUCCAGAAAUCGAGGAACCCCAAGUCAACGAUUCUGAUAUAUCUGCAGAUAAUGCAGAUUGUAAUAUAAUUUCAUCAGAUAGAGGAAAUUUUGGUGACAAUUUAACUGAAUGCGAACGAAAAAUAAUUUUUAAAUUGGGUCCAUUUAAACCACAAGGAAUAUUUCCAAAAGUUUCAGAAAAUAACCGACCUUUUUCAGCUUAUUAUUAUUCAUAUUUCAAUCAGGCAGGCAUAAAAAUUAUAAGUACAUGGUUAUGUUAUUCUAACGUUUUAAACAAACCGUACAGUCACUUCUGUUGGUUAUUAGCAGAUCGUCAAAACAAAUCGUACUCCUCUGCUUGGGUUAACGGUGUUUCGGUUAGAAGCAAUUUCACACAAACUAUUCUUGACCAUGAAAAGUCACAGCAGCAUAUUAGUGCCUCACUCUCUUAUAAUAAUUGGUUGCAAGGAAAUACCAUCGAUACUCUAUUGAAAAGUGAAAUCGAUAGUAAAAUUACAUUCUGGAGAGAUGUACUGCAAAGUAUAAUUAAUGUUAUAAUUACUUUAGUAUCUUGUAAUCUACCUUUGAGGGGGCAUGAUUCUGAUUCUGGCAAUUUUAUGGCAAUUACUCGUCUGCUAUCUAAAUAUGCAACUUUAAAAGAACUUUUUCUAAAACCGAAAGGUGAAAUAAAUUAUUUAAGCCCUACGAUUCAAAACGAAAUUAUUAGUUUGCUUGGUACUAACGUUAGGAACAGUAUUAUCUCAGAAAUUAAAAAAGCUCCAUUUCUGACAAUAAUUCUGGAUACAACACAAGACUUGUCAAAAAUUGACCAACUAUCUGUAGUUUUUCGAUAUAUCUCGGUUACAGAAAAUGAUGAUAAUGUGCCUAAAGAAAUAAAAAUCUGUGAGUCCUUUUUAGGAUUCAUAGCAGUAACCGAUUGCAGUGCUGCAGGUCUGAAAACUGUCAUUUUAAAUUUGACUAAAGAAUAUGGAAUUGAUUUGACUAAAUGUAGAGGACAGGGAUACGAUGGAGCAAAUGUUAUGUCGGGUGUGUAUGGAGGAUUACAAACCCUAAUAAAAGAGCAUGCUCCAAAUGCCGAUUAUGUUCAUUGUGCUGCGCACGCUUUAAACUUGGUUUUGAACGAUGCUGCGAGACAUGUUCGUGAAGUAUCGACUUUUUUCGAUAAUUUAGAAAAAAUAUAUACUUUUUUUGGCAAUAGUAUAAAACGCUGGACUAUGCUAAGUGACGAUUCAUCUGAAAAAUAUUUGAUUACCCUUAAAAAGUUACAACCGCAACGGCAGAAAGAAGUUUUUCAAAAUUAAAACUAAUAAAAAAUUACUUAAGAACUUCGAUGGGACAAGAACGGCUGUCAGACAUCUCACUAUUGU